AUGAACAAUCAGUACAUCCGCCGGGAAGUCUUCUGCUGUGAGACUUGUGAAGAGCUCAAAACCUUCUGGGAAAAGGAGAUUAGCAAGCAGACUUGUUACAGAGAACUGGAGGAAGAUCGUCAGGAGAGAAGCGCCCUUAGGAAGUUGCGAGAAGAAUGGAGGCAGAGGCUGGAGAAGAGGCGGAGGAUGCUGGACACUCCAGAUGACAAGACAGAGAAGGGCAAGCCCACUGACUAA